AUGUUAUUCUCAAAACUAGUGAGCUUGAAAACGCUUUCUCUAGUUUAUAAUGAUUGGACAGGCACUGUAGAAUUUGACACGUUCAAAGGCCUCAAAAACCUCAAUAUGCUUUUGCUAUCGCAUCUCAAACUCUCACUUCCUCGUAUAAAUGAAACAUUUCCACAAUUGAUAAGACUAGAUUUGGUGUAUUGCAAUUUAAGAAAGUUUCCUGAAUUUCUUAGGCAUCAAAAAAGAAUAGAGUCAUUAUAUCUUGAUGAUAACCAUAUUGGUGGUCAAAUACCAGAGUGGUGGCUAAAUGUAAACAAAACAACAUUGAGAAUUUUUUCUCUUUCUACAAAUUCCCUGAUAGGGGAACUCUCACCCACAAUUUGCAAACUUAGUUCUCUUAGCAUGCUUGACUUGUCCCAUAAUAAGCUCAGGGGUAAACUUCCCAAUUGUUUCGGUAGGUUUAGUAAGGCAUUAUCUUCAUUAAGUCUCACAAACAACUCUUUUUCUGGCAAUAUUCCAAAAUUUACCGAGGGAAACCAACUGAAGCUUAUUGACUUAAGUUAUAAUCUCUUUGAAGGGAAGUUAUCGCAAUCACUUACAAAUUGUAAGAUGCUUGGACAGCUUAAUGUCGAAAGAAAUAAGCUCAAUGAUGUGUUCCCUUAUUGGUCAGGGACUCUUCCACAACUGAUAAUUCUAAACCUGCGAGCUAAUCAAUUCCAUGAAGUUAUAAGGAAGCCCCGAACAGAGCUUCAUUUCCCUAAGUUACGUAUAAUCGAUAUAUCUUAUAAUAACUUCAUUGGUAAAUUGCCGCUCAAAUACAUCCAGAGUUGGAAUGCCAUGACUUGUACAAGUGUUGAAAACUUUGGUUAUUUGACAUCAUUAUCCAUCAAUUUCUCAGCAUACUUGAACUUCAUGGGUAAGCCAGUUUUUUAUUUCCAAACUAUACUAUCAAUAAAAGGCAUGUAUAGGCAGUUUGAUGAGAUCCAAAAUAUUAUUGCACUCAUAAACUUCUCCAACAAUAAAUUUAAUGGAGAAAUUCUUGAAGUCAUUGGAAACCUAAAAGGAUUGUAUGUCCUUGAUUUAUCCAAAAACAAUCUCAAUGGUAGCAUACCUUCUUCACUGAGAAAUUUAGCAAGGCUUGAAUCCUUAGACCUUUCUCAAAAUGAGCUUUCGGGGCAGAUCCCUUCUAAACUAGCCCAACUCUUUUUUCUUCAAAACUUCAAUGUUUCAUACAAUCACCCCUCAGGGUCUAUACCACAGCAAAACCAAUUGAGUGCCUUUGAGGGAAACAUGGGAUUAUGUGGCAUUCCAUUACCAAACUUGUGUGGAAACUCUGAAGCAUUGAAACCACCAUUGGUUGAAGAUGAACAUCUAGAAGAGUCGAGUUAUCUUUUUCAAUUUGGUUGGAAAGUUGUGGUGAUAGGAUAUGGAUGUGGAUUUUUAGCUGGAUUAUUCAUAGAGAAAAUUGUGAUCCCUGGAAAUGCAUACUAG